CCCCUCUCCGCAGGAGCCCCGCCAGGAAGGCCUGCGCGCGAUGUCGUCCCUGCAAGUCGAUAACGUCAGGUGAGCUUGACGGGGCUCGGGUGGCAGUGGCCCUUCAGUGGUGGCCUCGCCUCUUCUGGCUGUGCGUACGAAGCCCGCACAUGCGCACAGUAUCUCCUCCGACGUGAGCGUCUCGGACGCUAUAACAGAAGGACGGAUACGCACUGUUUCACAUGGUCACCAAAGCUGUGGACGAGGAGGACCAGAGUGACAGCAGCAUGACACUGAAGCUUAAGUACCUGUCCCUUGGAAUCCUGGUCUUCCAGACCACCAGCCUGGUUUUAACGAUGCGUUACUCCCGGACACUCAAUGAGGAAGGCCCUCGUUACUUGGCUUCCUCUGCAGUGGUAGUGGCUGAGGUGAUGAAGAUCGCCGCCUGCAUACUCUUAGUCUUCAAGGCCAAUGGUUGCAGUUUUGGAGCAUUACGCAGAGUUCUACAAGAUGAGAUUUUGCACAAACCCAUGGAGACCUUAAAGCUGGCCAUUCCAUCUGGGAUUUAUACACUGCAGAACAACCUGCUCUAUGUAGCCCUGUCCAACCUGGAUGCUGCCACCUACCAGGUUACGUACCAGCUGAAGAUUCUCACCACGGCCCUGUUCUCUGUGUCGAUGCUUGGGAAAAAACUAAGUCUGUAUCAGUGGCUAUCUUUGCUUGUGCUCAUGGUUGGUGUGGCAUUUGUUCAGUGGCCUACAGACCCGCCAGCUAAAGCUCAAAAAGACCUAUCGGCAGGAUCCCAGGUGGUUGGAUUGAUGGCUGUUUUGGUUGCCUGUUUCUCCAGUGGAUUUGCAGGUGUUUACUUUGAGAAAAUCCUGAAGGAAACCAAGCAGUCAGUUUGGAUCAGGAACAUCCAGCUUGGUCUCUUUGGUGCUGUCUUCGGUCUCAUGGGAGUUUAUGUGUAUGACGGAGAGCGGGUUCGAGAACAUGGUCUCUUCCAGGGCUAUAACAUGCUCACCUGGGUGGUGGUGUCUCUGCAGGCCCUUGGCGGUCUGGUCAUAGCAGCCGUCAUCAAAUAUGCAGAUAAUAUUCUGAAAGGCUUUGCCACGUCUCUCUCCAUCAUCCUGUCUACUCUCAUCUCCUAUUUUUGGUUACAAGACUUUGUACCAACCAGUGUUUUCUUUUUUGGUGCUGUGUUGGUUAUAGCGGCAACAUUUCUAUAUGGAUACGAAAGGAAGCCCAUGGCGAAUCCUGUAAAAGCCUGAUUCUUGCUACUGUGACCACCAAAUGUGUGGAUGAGAGCAUUACCCUAGAUGUCUAUUUAUAGAUGUUUUCAGGAAGACAAAGAGUGGAACUUGGGAUGUCUUGUCUUUGUGACACAUGUGAGCACAGGCUGCUCUAGCAACAUCUUUAGACAGUGGGGAUGCCAGGCACACAGCGGUGCAUUGCAGCUCUUGCAAGCCAAGAGCUUUUUAUUUAAAUAACUUGUUUAGUGCUACAUGGCUCAGGUACUUGUAUGCAAAUUGGUAUUGGGGACCUUUUUAUUUUAUUGGGAUGAAUCAAGAUGACAUGACAAAGGCCAUACAGUGAAGGAAAUAAUUGAGGCUGACAUCUGCGAGCAACUUCUGGGCUGGAAAGCAAUACUGAAUGGUCCACUGCCCUUGGUAGUGCCUGUUACACUUGCAGGACAUGACCCUUAGUAUGUGAACAUAAGCGACAUGGUGGACACGACAUCACAGGAAGGUAUCCAGUUUGACUUGAUGCUGCAGAGUGGUGGAAAUAGCCAGUGCCAAAAGAAAUGAGUCCUGAGCAAAUGACUUCUGUUACCAUUGAGGCUUGUCUGCUACUCCAACAUUAACAGGGGUCUGGACAGGGUCUCCAGGGCUUCAGAAGGGACUGGUGGGUUGACCGUUAGAGAAAGCAGGCAUCAGCCUAAGGUUAAAAAUGUAACCAGAAGAAAAAAAAAGAUUCUUACAGAUUGUCACUCAUGAAACUCAACAGUGCAAAUGAUGUAAAAUAGAAAAGAGAAUGGCAAGUUUGGGCAGCCCAGAGAAGGCGUGAGGUUCACCUUGCAGAUUCUAAUGGGCAUCUGCAUUGCCAUAGUGUGUACAUUUGAUUAACAAUGUCUAUCUGAGCAGGUGAUACACAGUGAAGAAGGUGCUGAUCUGGGAGUUAGUUAAUAAAAUCAUUUUUAUGUC